AUGAACACUGUUUUCAAAUACCCUACGCGCGCGUACUACAGCGCUCUAACGCGCGGCUACAGCAACGCACACUACGAUAGCGGUCGACUAUACAAGCGGGCAGUGGCUGGCAGAGGCAGUUCUGUUGCGUACGGCGACGCUUCCGCAUCUCGUGGAACUAGCCGGACCGAUGGACUAAUAGGGAACGCGCAAGCGAACAGAAGUGCUUUGUCUUGUAUGAACGCUUUCUGGUCGUUGCAUUCGCCC